CUUUUUGAUAACGGAUCACAAAUCAUUUCCAAACAGAAAACUAAAAAUGUUUUACAAGCUUUUGAAAGAUAUUCUUGACGGCUAUGAGCGAAACAUGGAGUUCUUGGUAACAGCGGCAGGUGUAGGAUGGCAUAUCUUAAGAUCUAACCCUUUGAAUAGUGCUGGUACGGGUUUUGCACCAUGCUUAACAUCCUGUAUAUUUGUUAGUGGUGUCCUAAUGCUGCUAACCAAUCUCACCUGCAAAUGGAUCAAGUUGUAUCGUGUGUCAACUUUGGAUGUUAAUUGGAGAAUUUUGAUUUACUGGAUACAAGCCAUAGCAAUUUUUAUUGUGUGCAACUAUUGCUUUUCUUUAUACUGUUAUUUAUUCUUGGUCGAUGAAAUAACGUACAAGUGGUCAUAUCUGUUUUUUUGGAAGCGCAUAAAAAUUGUCAAAGGAAAACAUCCAUCCUACUUGGGUUACCUUAUUCUGUUGUGCCUUGGCUUGGUUGGAAUUCGAAAUAGCGGUAUUUGUGACAUUCUUUGGUCUUAUUUUCAAAAACAACAAUGCGUUUUUAUGUUUGCAGUUGAGGAACCCGUCCUCUCACAUGAAAAUCCAAGGCUCCAAAUUUAUAUUAAACCCAAAUGAAUGUUUACAGACUUCAAAUAACGUUCAUUCGUGUUUAUUUUUUAAUAUUUUAAUACAAUUUUAGUGUUUUAUUUGA